ACACAAUCAACGAUGAAUGGACUCGGGCCUGUCUGUCACGAAAGCAGGAAGUGUGCCAUCGUACCCAACGAGGACCGUGUCUCAAAAUGACGUGUUAGUCUUUCCGCAAUGGAGCCCUCGAUCGAAGUUCUAGUCCACAUUUCCGCUCCAGGCGAUGCAGAAGAUGAUGCCAACCAUCGCGCGCUUGCAAACGCUUUCCUGCAUUUCGAACCCGCCACCAAGUUCAGGAUAUAUCCCGAUGAUUCGGAUGGAAGUGAUCAACUACAUAUUCUCACUCAAGCUAGUAAUAGCGAUCAGGAGAAUCGUGGUAGAUGCGGUUCUACCGAUCGUUCAACACCUCCAUGGAAGAGGGGGAUAGACGCUGGUUAUGAACGAGAUGAUUCUGUCUUCUAUGACGAUUUUGAAGAGCGACCUUCGUGUGAUUUCUACGAGGGUGCAGAGGGUGAUACGGAGAUUAUCCCUUCUCCCACCAAGUUUAACGAGACGGAUUCCUUUGAAACUCCGCCAGCGACAGUGCCUGAUUCUCAACCACCUUUUUCACCGACAUGGGACGUCCUGAAAUAUGCCCAAAGGGAUGGAGAUUCUGGCAUGGAAUCCCCGGCUGGAGAAAUAAGCAUCUUGGAGCCGAUUGCCGCCACGGAAGAGAAGCCCAGCGAAGUUCCUGUCUCGCAAGGCAACGUUGUCGAAUUGGGUUCAUUUGAGGUACCUUCAGAAUCUGCGUUUGGAUCUCAAUUUUCAUUCAGAUCUAUCGGAGACCCUGAGAGAAGUAUCAGCCCCGCCAUGAGGUCCAUUAAACCAGUGCGGAUUCGUGAACCACCAUCAUCUUCAGAGAAACUAUUCCAUCUAGUGAAUUGGAAGAAAUACUAUUCUCGGACAAUCCUGGUUCUUCCAGUUUGCCAGAACUGCCGGCGGAGAUUCGUCCACCACCUCCGGAAGCAUCUAACAAGGCGAAGUUUACAACACAUAUCACACCACCCCUACAUUUGCUAUCCGAAAAAAUGGGCCUUUCCCGGUUUAAACCAGCCCAUCAAACACGUCGACUGGGCAUACUCGAGCGGGGAUACUGGUACAUGCGAAUUCCGGUUGUGCUCAAUAACGGAGGGAGCACAUCGAGCAGGCCUGCUGAAGGCUCGACGGCGUGUGCCCUAACAAGCAAUGAGCGUAGAGAUCCUGUCCCCUGGUCAACUGGUUUAUUUUUACGGUUCUGGAACUAUCUUUCAAAAUUUGUGGGCCAGUACGGACGAGCAGGCUGGGGAGUUUGGUGCUUCUGUGACUCUGCUAAAGACCAGCCCAUAGUCGACUCCGUACAGCCACUGGACGUGAGGGUCUACUCGUGGGGCGAAACCGCUCCGUAUAUAUAUUUGUUACUUUUUUUGGCUAGCCAUAGAGGGAUCAAGAAGAUUCCGAACGUGCAGUGGAGAGACGGCAAAGGGGAAGUGGUUAUCCAAAUGGACUGAUAACCGAGUUGUUUUCAUGGCCAUGGCCUUCCAUUGAUCCGCCGGUUAUCAGGCCGGGCGAUCACCACCUCUUGACUGGCUAGCUGCCUAGAAGUUCGACAGCUGAGACUUGUCUUCGCUCUCUCCAAACCAGCGUCUUCGUGGGGAAAUUUAACUUUGCUGUGGUGGAUGUCUUCCCCAACUCAAAAUCCCCGCAGUUGGCCACACUGCACGGCACGUCAAUUUCAUCCCCCGCAAUUCAGGCACUGGAAUGUGCACGUCGAUUCUCCAACAUCAGUUCUCGACAGCAGUGUCUGUGACAUACAUAUCGAGUAGCGAAGACGCAUGUAGAGUACAUGCGUCCCUAGAUCUCACUACAUCAUCGCGCGAUUCUCGUUCGCGGCAUGGGCGAGUGAACAGUGUCCCGAUUGGCCACUUUAAACUAAAUAUGUACCACCCCCCCACACAAGCUACACGAGCGC